AUGUCUACCCCCACCACCACCACCCGAAAACCCCCCACCCUCACCCUCUCCCUCCGCCAAGGCGUCUCCGCCGGCGCCGACAUCCUCCAACUCCACCAACCCUCCCUCUCCGCCCUCAACAACCUCGAAAUCACCACCUUCUCCUCCACCCGCCCCAUCCUCCUCUCCUGCCGCGGCCUCACCUCCACCGAACGCCGCCGCCUGGACGUCCUCGCCGCCCUGCGCGCCGGAUUGCUCGAACUAUCAGAAGAAUCCACCAACACCGUCGUCGACUUCCCCCGCGACGAACCCGUCCCCGCAGGCCAACACCUCGUCCCGCCGAAACCCAGCCCGCGCAGCGCGCAGGCCGCCGCGGGAUUGGUGCUCGACUCGACGGCGCCGGUGUGGCGCGAGAAGCUGCGCGCGGGGGCGGCGUACGUGCUGCGCUUCGCGGCGGACGCGGAUGACGACAAGGCGUGGUGCGAGUACGUUGUUAACGACGACGACGACGACGAUGACGCCAACGACGAGGCGGCGGGUAGAGUGCUUCCCGUGGCGUUGGACCGCGACUCGGCGGUGCGCUUCGCCGUGUACGACGACCCUACGCCGCCGGUGUUCGAAUGCAUCUUUGGCGUCGAGCCGGGGGUGGCGCAUCUGUCGGGCGAGCCGCCGUUCAAGUUCGUCGCGGAGUUGACGUAUAAGGCUCCUCCCGCCGCUGGGGCUGAGGCGCCGCCGGUUACGUUCUGUACGGAGCGCACGCCGUUUGGCGCGAUGCUGCCGGUGGGGGGUGGGCUGAGCAGCGUCGAGCAGCUGGUGUAUUGCGUUGAUGAGGAGACGGGCGAGGAGCCCGAGUGGCCGUGGGCGUUUCAGUGUUUUGAUUCAGAUCCGUGGGGGGAGUUUCCCGACGACGAUCAGUUUGUCGAGAUUGCGCCGGGUGCGACGUGGCGGUUUGAGUAUACGCUCGGGGGGCCGAACGAGGGGCUGGAGACGCUGGAGAAGGGGAGUAGGUACCGAGUGGAGUUGUCGAAGGGAGCGAAGAGUGGGUUCAGACGCUGGAUGUUUGGGAAGAGGGAGGAGUUGUUGAAGGGGACGGUCGAAGAGAAGGUGCAGAGGUGGAAGCCUGGACCGAGGGGAAGGCCAUCAAUCCCGGUCGAGCAGGUGAAUGAGCCGGUUUUGUUCGAUGUUGUGGAUUGA